CCGAGGGCAGUGGAAUUCUGGAAGCUUCUCCUUCGAAACGCUGUAGCAGGUGAUAUUUUCAAGACUGAGGUUAUCUGUCAGAGAUAGCAAGAACUGCAGAUGCUGGAGCCAGAGGUAACACAGCGUGGAGCUGGAGAGUAUCAGAGAGGGGAAGUGAAGAAGGGUGUUCCUAAUGACUGGAGAUUGCAGAACCAAAGGUCACAGAAUAAGGAUAAACAGUAGAACGAAGAUGAGGAGAAAUGUCUUCGCCAAGAGAAUGAUUCUGAUGUUGGUAACUGGAAAGCCUCCAUUGUUGGAGGACGAGAAGCCGUAUCCAAUUGAAGCAGCACAGGCUUCUGCGAUGACUGUGGAAACCACUGCUUAUGCCUUGCUUCAAGCAUUGUCAAGGAAUGAUAUUGACUAUGCAACACCGAUUGCGAGGUGGCCAACGAUGCAACAGAACUAUGGUGGUGGAUUUCACUCGACGCAGGACACAAUCAUUGCCUUGGAAGCUUCAUCACGAUACAACAUUGCAUUUCUGAAGAGGGAAGAAGAAAUCAACAUGCAAGUUCAAUUCCAUGGUUUUGGAAGUCCCAUUGAGAACACGAUUCAUUUGCGCCGGCAUAAUGCUCUGACCGAGAAAGAAUCGAGGUUUCCACUUGGAAGAAAGUAUCACAUCAAAUUGACUGGUCAAGGAAAUGGGACACUGACUUUCUGCAAGUUUUUGCGUAAACUGGUGGAGACUUUCGGUGCUUGCAAAAAGGCUCACCUCUCCGUUGAUACUGAAGGAAAAUUGGAGUUUAAAAAACCAUACGAUGAGACUGUUUUGAUGAGGAAUUUAAAGAUUACGAGUCCCGUCCGUUUGACCCACAGUUUGGUACCAUAGGUUGGUACGAUCUUCGUUCGAGAAGGAAAAGGGAUGUUCCAGAUACAGAAAAUAGUCAAACCAUUUACGACA